GUGUCAUGGCGUCAAUUGCAAGGCCAGGGCAAAGAAGGGAGCACUAGAUGUUUCCUAGACCACUAUUUUUUGCUUCUAUUCGCUGUGAACUGCUUAGAAAGAACCUGGGAGACCUCCAAACUACGCAAUGGAGGUGGUGACCUUUGAGGAUGUGGUCGUGAACUUCAGCAAUGAGGAGUGGACUUUGCUGAGUCCAUCCCAAAAGAAGCUCUACAGAGAUGUGAUGGGCGAAACCUUUAGGAACAUGACUCUGAUAGGAGGACUCUGGGAUAUCCAGGAAGCUGAAAAAGAAGGCAAAAUUUACUGGAGCUACUUAAGAAAUGACAAGCUAGGGAAAUCCUAUGGACAUACAUCUGGAGAUGUAUGGAAUCAGUGUAAAGAAGUCUUCCUUGGUACUGAAGAAGGUAAUGUGAAUGUGAAAGAUACAGAAACACAUGACAAUGUUCAGAUCCAUGAAAAAUAUUGCAGUGGAGGGAAACCCUAUGUAUGCAAGCAAUGCGGGAAAGGUUUUACCACACUUGGAAUUUGUAAGAAACGUGAAAGAAUUCACAGAGGAGAAAGAUCCUAUGUAUGUAAUCAAUGUGGGAAAGCUUUUACAACAUGUACAUAUUGUCAAGUAAAUGAAAGACUUCACUCUGGAGAAAAACGUUAUGAAUGUGAGCACUGUGAGAAAGCUUUCAGCACACACACUUAUUGUGUAAUCCAUGAAAAACUUCACACUGGGCAGAAAUCGCAUAUAUGUAAGAAAUGUAGGAAAGCUUUUAGCAGUAAAAUUCAUUUUCAAAUACAUGAAAAUGUACACAAUGGAGAGAAACCCUAUGUGUGUAAGCAAUGUGGAAAAGGUUUCACCCAACUUGGACCUUGUAAGGAACAUGAAAGAAUUCACACGGGAGAGAAACAAUAUGUAUGUAAGCAAUGUGGGAAACCUUUUACCACACAUGGAUAUUGUAAGAAACAUGAAAGAAUUCACACUGGAGAGAAACCAUAUGUUUGUAAGCAAUGUGGGAAAGCUUUUAACACAUGGGGAGACUGUAAGAGACAUGAAAGAAUUCACACUGGAGAGAAACCAUAUGUAUGUAAGCAAUGUGGGAAAGCUUUUAACAGACGGGGAGUUUGUAAGAGACAUGAAAGAAUUCACACUGGAGAGAAACCAUAUGUUUGUAAGCAAUGUGGGAAAGCUUUUACCCAAAAUGGACAUUGUAAGAAACAUGAAAGAAUUCACACUGGAGAGAAACCAUAUGUAUGUAAGCAAUGUGGGAAAGCUUUUAACACAUGGGGAGACUGUAAGAAACAUGAAAGAAUUCACAGUGGAGAGAAACCAUAUGUAUGUAAGCAAUGUGGGAAAGCUUUAAAAACACAGGGAGAUUGUAAGCAGCAUGAAAGAAUUCACACUGGAGAGAAACAAUAUGUAUGUAAGCAAUGUGGGAAAGCUUUUAACAGACGGGGAGUUUGUAAGAGACAUGAAAGAAUUCACACUGGAGAGAAACCAUAUGUUUGUAAGCAAUGUGGCAAAGCUUUUAACACACGUGCAAACUGUAAGAGACAUGAAAGUAUUCACACUGGAGAGAAACCAUAUGUAUGUAAGCAAUGUGGAAAAGCUUUUAGCACACGGGGAGAUUGUAAGAUACAUGAAAUCAUUCACACUGGAGAGAAACCAUAUAUAUGUAAGCAAUGUGGGAAAGCUUUUAACAGAUGGGGAGUUUGUAAGAGACAUGAAAGAAUUCACACUGGAGAGAAACCAUAUGUUUGUAAGCAAUGUGGCAAAGCUUUUAACACAUGUGCAAACUGUAAGGGUCAUGAAAGAAUUCACACUGGAGAGAAACCCUAUGUAUGUCAGCAAUGUGGAAAAGGAUUCACUAGUUCUGGACAUUGUAAGCAACAUGAACGCAUUCACACUGGAGAGAAACCAUAUGUAUGUAAGCAAUGUGGGAAAGCUUUUACCAAACAUGGAUAUUGUAAGAAACAUGAAAGAAUUCACACUGGAGAGAAACCAUAUGUAUGUAAGCAAUGUGGGAAAGCUUUUAGCACACAGGGAAAUUGUAAGAAACAUGAAAGAAUUCACACUGGAGAGAAACCCUAUGUAUGUAAGCAAUGUGGGAAAGCUUUUAGCACAUGGGGAGGUUGUAAGAAACAUGAAAGAAUUCACACUGGAGACAAACUCUUACGCAUGUAAAUAAUGUGGGAAAGCUUUUAAAAUGCAGUGUAACAUAAGAGACUAGACUAAUAUCACUCUGAACAGUGAAUAAUAGUAUCCUGAGAAGGAGAAAGGUGAGGAAUUGCCUAAAAAUAGAAGGCAGAGGACAUUGUUAAAAGUGUAUCAGGAUUUAAAAUCUACAGUAGUCUUGUUGCUCUAUUUAGUUUGGUUAUAUUUUGUUCUUGUCUGUCUACUCAUAUUAGAUUUGAGGGCACACAGAGAUAACCCAAAAAUAGCAGGUUAUACCAUGGUAACUAUCCUUAAUUUCCUAUUAACUAAACCUGAAACCCUAUAUUACUUACAUUGUCUUCUAUGACUGAUCUUCUUUGAAGCUGGUUUGUUUGAAUGCUAUUUGGCCUUGACUGAUUUUAUUCACUUUGGGUAUGCUUGCUAGUAUCAAGUUCAAGAGAAGAGGCAACUUCUCAGAAGAUGACAAGAUGUAAAAGAUAUCCAUUGGUGGGCUGGGGAUUUAACUCAGUGGCUUAAGCACCUGCU